AUGUCAAGGAAAACCACCAGAACGAUUAUAGAAUCCACCAAAGACGAUUUCGGAUUUCCUCCAACACGCAAAAUGCUGACAUAUAUUACAGCAUUUGCUUAUUUAACCACGAGAAACGCCUCAUGGUAUGCGGAUGCUGCAUCAGGUUUCAUGCUCGACCCGAGUAGCUUCUUACUUGAAGAUCAAACUGAGCAACGGAAUAAGAAUGCAUUGUCCGUUAUCUCUAACGUUCUGGCUAUUGGAGGAGCACUAUUAACAUUUUACGCCUUUCUAUUUGGCGUUAGCUCUAUCAAGCCAUGGGGAAUUAUGCAUAAAUAUGUUUUUAACGGGACAACAAAGAAAACUUUUAAUGAUAGGUUGACACUGGAUUCUACAUCAUUAAAUCUUAAAUAUGACAAUUUAGAACUGAAUGGUUUAAAAGAAUUCCUUAAACAUUAUGUCGUCAAUAUUAGUUUGUUAGAAGAAGACAACGAAAAAUCAUUAGAAGAAGACGAUGAAAGUUUUCCUGAAUGGAUGGAGACUAGAUAG